GCGCUCCCGUUAAACGGAUAUAUUGUUUACGAUUGUACCGACGAACAUCCGGGAUUAUGUGGUGGAUGGUCAGAUCGCAUGUCGGGCAUGUUCAGUGCUUACGUCAUUUCCCAGAUAUUGCGUAAAAAAUUUCUGAUAAGUUACACUCGAUCGAGUAACUUGACUGAUUAUCUUAAUCCAAAUUCAUUUGAUUGGAAAUAUAACUCGUCAAUUCUCAAAGGAAAGUCUGCGGAUUACCGCGAUUUAUUUUGUAAAGUUCCGGAUGCAAUUCGGGAAAGAAAUUUAACAGGCCUUGCAAGCAUGUUCACAAAGGAUGUCAAUUUCGUACGUAUGAACUGGGAUUAUACCGAACACUUUAGAAAGUUUCUAGGUUUGCAGAACGUCAUACCAUGGUUGUUAGAAUUACAUUAUGCCGAUAUUUAUUUAAAGUUUUUCAACACCCUCUUCAAACCUACAAACAUGAUAACUGAAGCAGUAAACAAGACUGUACAAAAUGUAUCAAAACUUGCCUGUGCUCAUAUUCGUAUGGGUGGAAGUGACACGAUACCAGGAGAUGACACGCAUACAGAAGGGAAACAACUUAAACAUGUCUGGAACUUUCUUAAGGUCAUGGAAGCCAGAAACUAUAGCAUUUUUAUUGCAACCGAUGCACAAAUUGUACGGGAGAAGGCAAAUGCAUUAUUCAAACACCUCCUAGAGGCUGAAGGACGAAUCCUACACAUAGACUGGGGAGCUACUGGGGAUGACUUAGUUAAUGGUUAUAAGAAAGUUGUUGUAGAUUUCUUUGUUCUCACGAAAUGUGAUGUGUUAGUUUUAACGAAGAGUGGGUUUGGAAUAAUGGCCGCGUACCUGAAUUCCGAUGUAUCAAAGUUGUACUGUCUAACAGCAAAUGAGUUGGUGCCGUGUUCUCGGUAUACGAUACAUAACUACUACCCCGGCGAUUUACUUUCCCACUAG